GUUCUCUUUAGUGUUUGCCAAUGUUGGAGGUGUAACUGGGGUCCGGCCCUGGAUAAAGGAAUAGAGCAUGGCUCAAGUGAAAGUGCAGACCUCAGUACCCCUGGCUGGUCCUGGCCCCUCCCCCGCCGGAGCGCCCCCCGCGGCUAUGGCCAGCCCCGGAUCCCUGGGUCUGCAGCAGCCCUCCGUCAACGGCACAGGCCCGGCCCCCGCAGCCGGCUGCCCCCCUCCCUCAGUCGGAUACGGGGACGACCCUGUGCCUGCCUCAUCACCAGGCCCGCCCCAGGAGAACAUGGCAAACCCUAAAGAGAAAACUCCAAUGUGUUUGGUGAAUGAGUUAGCCCGUUUCAACCGGAUCCAGCCGCAGUACAAGCUGCUCAACGAACGGGGGCCAGCCCACGCCAAGGUGUUCACCGUGCAGCUCUCUCUGGGGGAGCAGGUGUGGGAGGCGGAGGGCACCAGCAUCAAGAAGGCCCAGCACACCACGGCCUCCACGGCCCUGACCGACAGCCUGCUGCCCCGGCCCGCGGCCCGCUGCCCCAAGGUGGACAUCAACAGCAACCCAGGCAGUAUAACCCCCACAGUGGAGCUGAACGGCCUGGCCAUGAAGAGAGGGGAGCCUGCUAUCUACCGGCCCCUGGACCCCAAGCCCAUGCCCAACUACCGGGCCAACUACAACUUCAGAGGGAUGUUCAACCAAAGGUACCCCUCUCCCCCUUCCACAAAGACCCUUCGAAAUAUAACGGAACAUACACACCGUGUGAUUCCUUUGAACUGCGGAAACCUUCUUGUUGCUUUACACUCCUCUCUCUCCUCCCUGCAGAUCCUGGCCAUCAUCUCCAUCCUCUUCAUCAUCCUCUCCACCAUCGCCCUCUCCCUCAACACGCUGCCGGAGCUCCAGGUGAUGGACGAGUUCAACCAGGCCAACGACAACCCGCAGCUGGCCCACGUGGAGGCGGUGUGCAUCGCCUGGUUCACCAUGGAGUACCUGCUGCGCUUCCUCUCCUCGCCCAACAAGUGGAAGUUCUUCAAGGGCCCGCUGAACGUCAUCGACCUGCUGGCCAUCCUGCCCUACUACGUCACCAUCUUCCUGACCGAGUCCAACAAGAGCGUGCUGCAGUUCCAGAACGUGCGCCGCGUGGUGCAGAUCUUCCGCAUCAUGAGGAUCCUGAGGAUCCUGAAGCUGGCCCGCCACUCCACGGGCCUGCAGUCGCUGGGCUUCACGCUGAAGCGCAGCUACAACGAGCUGGGCCUGCUCAUCCUGUUCCUGGCCAUGGGCAUCAUGAUCUUCUCCAGCCUGGUGUUCUUCGCCGAGAAGGACGAGGACGCCACCAAGUUCACCAGCAUCCCCGCCUCCUUCUGGUGGGCCACCAUCACCAUGACCACCGUGGGCUACGGCGACAUCUACCCGCAGACGCUGCUGGGCAAGAUCGUGGGCGGGCUGUGCUGCAUCGCCGGCGUGCUGGUCAUCGCUCUGCCCAUCCCCAUCAUCGUCAACAACUUCUCAGAGUUCUACAAGGAGCAGAAGCGGCAGGAGAAGGCCAUCAAGAGGCGGGAGGCGCUGGAGCGUGCCAAGAGGAACGGCAGCAUCGUGUCCAUGAACCUCAAGGACGCCUUCGCCCGCAGCAUGGAGCUGAUGGACGUGGUGGUGGAGAAGGGCGGGGACAAGACCCCCACGGACAACCACCUGUCGCCCAGCCGCUGGGGGGGCUCGGCCAAGAGCGUCACGUCGGACGCCGCCCUCAAGUCCCCCGGGAAGCAGAGCCCCGGGCCCAUGGUGCUCACGCUACCUCACACCGUCAGCAUCACCGGUGCCGGCGGCCCGCAGGGCACCGCCCGCAGCCCCCAGCACUACAGGGGCAGCCCCCAGCGCCUCAACGUCCAGAAGCUGGAGGAGAUGUACCACCAGAUGACCAAGUCGCAGUCCUACACCAACCUGAACACCACCAGCUCCGUGAGCACCCUGAGCACCUCCAUGACCGCCCUGCCGUCUCCGGGCAGGAAACCCAGCAGCCCCGACGGCGCCGUCAGAGAGGAGGUGGAGCUGGAGAUGAAGGAGGUGGAGCCCUCCUCCAUGGAGGGGUUAGAUGACUACACGGAGGAUAUGAAGGAGGAGGGGGACACCACGUUCCAGGACUUUCUCCCUGAGCUGGACCUCCUGAGCGCCAGCGGGGACCGGAACCCGCAGGGCUGCCUGCUCACGGACGCCGUCUCCGUCCCCGUCAGCUCGGGGGACAGACCUCACUCCGACAGCGGCGGCAGGGAGAGCUUCAACGACGCCGCCGAGAACAUCCGCAGAUCCCUCCGAGGCCACAACCCGCUCCACGCCAAAGGGUCGAGGGUGAACUCUGUGGAGACCCCCGCCGAAGCUCCGCCCACGCCCCCCAGCACCAUCUCCCCCGACAUCAGCUCCAGCUUCCUAGAGGACGUCUCCCCAGAGGAGGAAACCUCGCCGCUGAUCCCCAGGUCAGUGUCCCUGGCCCAGGAGGAGACCUGCUCCCUGUCCUCUGAGAGGCUAGUGGUGGACACGCCCCCGGGCGAGGACGACCCGUCGACGGAGAACCGACGGCAGCGUCUCAUGGCCGCGGUGGGAGGGGCCGUCCCCGGCACGCCGCUGUCGCCCAAGGCGGUGGCGGGGGCGGGUUCGGCACCCCGCUACACCCGAGGCCGGCCGCGCGGCAGCCAGGAGGCGGAGUCCGACGGCGACCAAAGCACACACAAGGUGGAGAACCACGUGUUCAGCCCCGAGAUCCACCGGCUCCCCGGGGAGGGGGGGCGCUCCCCGGGCUGUGGAACCAGCAUGUGACGGUCGGAGGAGCGGUGAGGGGCCGCAGACCUCCUCGCCGCGGAGGACCUCCCCCGGCCGGCGUCGGGGGGGAGAAGAGGAAGACAGAGGGAAAAGGGCGCAGAUAUAGGGAAAGAUAUUUUUGCAUGGCAUGAAAAGCUCCCUUUUACCUGUGUUUUUUUUUUGUGUGUCUCUGAACUUCAAACUGCUUUUUUAAACGCAGAUUCGGGAAUUACUUUGGGGACCGAAGUGAGGGCACUUUGAGGAAAACUAAAAUAUUAUUUAUCAAAUGAAGCAAACAAUGUGUCCGUCCCCCUCCCGGUGUACAUACUGAACUUCCUUUCUUCUUUUUCUAGCACCUGAGUCGAGUGCACACAGAGAGACUUAUCAGUACAAAGCAUGCCCUCAAAAAGACAUUUUACGGUGCUUAGUUUGCUGAAAGCGCUCCACUGUAAAUACUCUGAAAACCCAAGGAAAUGAUAUAAGUAACGUGCAGGAUGACUAAUGCAAAACACUGACAAGAGGGGGGAAGAGAAGAGACGAAGGUGCAUCGAGAGACCUCGGAUCGAGUGUUGCAUCGUAGCGAUAACAAAAAAAAAUGACAUAUCAUUACCUUUUGUGGAAAUGCAAUGUGUUCCCAUGACGACCCUGUAAUGUUUUUCUGUGUGGAGAAACUGUGUAUGAAACUGUAAUGUUACCGUUAAGGCUUUUGGGUUUCAUAAUGACUUAAUCGUACGUUCUCUUUUUUUCUUUUUUUUAAUAUAUAUCUGAAACAUUUCAAGUGGGCACGAAGGACAAAACACAACAACUAUGCUACAGCACCAAUCUGUAGUUGCCAAAUACUUCAUAGAGAAAUAACUGUCAAAAGCUUCAGCUAACUAAUUAGACGGGUUGAGAGAUUGGGACAAGAUAUAAAACAUGAUGUCUUAUUCCUUGUUUCAUCUCCUGAAUCCAUCCAAGUCACUAAACAACGUUCUAUCUGACAACUGAUAUCUCAAUGUAGUUUAUGAACAAUAUAUGAAGUAUGUAGACCUUUAUCAGAUGUAUAGAGGAUUUCUAUAGUCUGGCAUUUAAAUGACGUAAAACUGAAUAAGAAUACGUAGACCUAUAAUUAAGUACACUAGAUUUGGUCACUACCAUAAAGAUAGACUUUUAACUAGUAUUCCUUUUCGGCUUUUCAAAACAAUGCAACUGAGUAAAAAAAAGAGAAGAAUAGUAUAUUCUUGUGUGAUAUACACGGACCAAACUAAGUACAUUAUAAGGCUUCCAUCUAUUUAGCUUCUCACUAACUAUUAAAUGAACAUGUACUAUAAUACUAUUCUUUCGCUAUCGGGUGGUUUACCUGCACUGUAGUCCACAUCAUAAUCUCCUCCAAACUAUGAUGUCAUCGUAGACAUUCUAUCCAUACUACUGUGUUGUCGUUUUUCUAUUACUGAAGAGUCUUCGAGUUGUUAUUGUUUUCUCGUUGAACCAAGCUGAUUUGAGUCAAACUUAAACCCAAAGGUUUUCUUUUAAUUGUUUUCUUUGUCGCUUGUCCUUCCUCGUCCUCUUCUGUUUCUCACUGAAUUUAUAUCCACGUUUUGUGUUGCCUUUUAGGAUUCCAAUUUAUUGCUGGAAUAAGUGUUUAUCGUUUGAGCAUGGCACUUUGGCGGUGUGCAUUAGUGGUGUACAAGUAUGGCGUGCUUGAGAGAUUGAAAAAAAAAAUCAAAAUCAGAUUGGAAAAGUGGAGGAAAUAGGCAGGAAUAUUUUGUUUAUUUUAUUCUGUUCUCAGAGAGGGGUGGAAAGUGCAAUACAGCAAACUGCAAUCUAUGCAGGCCAAGAAUUGUGGCACUUUAUUUUCUGUUUAUGGAAUUUGUAAGUGUACAGGCAGAAAUUAUUGUAUUUUUCAAAUGAUGUAUCUUUAAUAUGAGGCUAAUUAACAGUGUUACAACUACCACAACGUUACAAACAAUGCAAUCUGCAAAGGUUUCACACUUGCUUUAAAGUAAUGUGUGACUGGCAUGUAGGCCUAGUGUCAGUCACCUUAUUGCCAUAUGUCAAUAGACCUUAACAUGUCAUAUCUUUUGGGAUAGGGGUCUAAAAGUCAGAGCUUGGACCUUUUAUAUAGCUGUGAGAUGUAAACACAAAAUAAAAUCUAACACAGCGCAAUGAAUGAUAUAGAGAUAAUAUAAUUUAAUGGCCACACACCAAGGAUUUUAUGUUUUUGGAAAUUUAAUGUUGAUAAUAAUUCUAUUUUUUCUAAACAAAAAUACAGAGCAUGACCACAAUUUCUCGCCAUAUGGUGGUUGGAAAUGAUGUGUGCCUUUUCAUAAAACUGCUGUUUAUGAGAAGGUAGCAAGUCAUUUGGCUUUGUUCAUAUAGCACUGUACAGAAAAUUCUAAUUUUAUAGGAUAAAUCAGGUCUUUAUGUAAUAGAUAAUACAAGUAAUGUUAUUGAGUUCUCAGGUUUUCUAUAACUCUCUGAUGUUCCGGUCGGAUGGAUUCUGUUUUCCGUUUGUUUAUGUUUGUAUUUAUUUUACAGCUACUGUCCUAGAUCCUACUGUACUUUUUGAGAGGUAAUGUUGUCAAAUCCACACUGAUGUCUUGGCUCCUUUGAGCACAAGGAGUUGCCUACUUCAGAAUAUUACUAUCAUUAUUAUUAUUAUUAUUAUUAUUGUUAUUAAUUAUAUUGUUUUUAAUUGUAUUACUAUUAUAACAUGAUCCAUGUACACCCCCCACCCCUU